AUGGCACUAAAGGUGCUAUCCAAGUCUUCAAUCCCAUCUAUUUUCCGAAAGCAUUGCCCUUCUAUCAAUCAUCUCCCCUAUCUGGCAGCUGCCCAGGUAUUUCCCAUGCGAGUCAAUAGCCAUGUGGUGAACAAUUUGAUUGAUUGGUCCAAGGUGCCUCAUGAUCCCAUCUUUCGGAUGACUUUUCCACAUCCAGAUAUGUUGCAAGACGGAGACCGAGAGAAGAUCUGCUCCAUGUUGCUGCAACAUGCAUCGCGGCUGGAGAUUCGACGGGUCGCAGAGCACAUUCGAAAGCGUCUGAAUCCGCAUCCUGCAGGACAACAGCAAGAGAAUAUUCCUCGAUUCAGGGGCAAGCCAGUUUUUGGAAUGCAGCAUAAAUACAGGGAGACGGUGCUCUUCUUCCCUUUGGAGGGACAAUAUUGUCACGCCUAUUGCAGCUACUGCUUCCGCUGGGCUCAAUUCACUUCCGUCGGCUCCCCUCAAACUUUCCAAUCCAACAGCAGAACCACAUUACCAGAAUACAUCCGCGCACACCCAUCCGUCACAGACGUCCUAUUCACCGGCGGAGACCCUCUUAUCAUGAGUACGAAAUUGUUACAAACAUACAUCCUGCCUCUCCUACCGCAGAAUCACGGACCACGAAAUUUGAAAACGAUCCGUAUCGGCACUAAAGCACUGACAUGGUGGCCUAGGAGGUUUUUGGACGACGGGGACGGCGAAAAUGAUGCCAAACAACUCUUGCGUCUGUUGGAAGAUAUUGUGGCUUCGGGGAUACAUGUCUCUAUUCAAGCUCAUGUCUCUCACGCGCGCGAACUCCUGGAUCCGGAUACUCAAGCUGCCAUUCGCGCCUUGCGCUCUACGGGCGCUGUCAUUCGAUGUCAAGCGCCAUUAAUGCGACACGUCAACGACAGCGCUUCCGCAUGGGCGGACAUGUGGCGUCUUCAAACCAGCUUGGGCACGAUACCAUACUACAUGUUCGUCGAGCGUGACACGGGUGCAGCAGAUUACUUUGCCGUGCCAUUGACGUCCGCUUUCGAAAUCUACAGCACCGCCUCAAGUAUGGUCUCGGGGCUAUCACGAACCGCUCGGGGUCCCAGCAUGAGCACCAGUCCAGGCAAGAUAUGCGUCCGCGGCAUCGAGACGAUAUCGCAACAGAAGGUGUUUGUGCUCCAGUUUGUGCAAAGCAGGAAUCCUCAGUGGUGUCACCGCACGUUUUUCGCAGAGUAUGACUCCAGUGCGGUGUGGUUUGAUCAGUUGAAACCUGCGUUUGGAGAAGAAGGAUUCUUUUUCGAGAGUGAGUAUGAAGAAAUCAGAGCUCGGGCGGCGCAAGAAUCUUCGGGGCAAAUCUUUCAGGGGUAG